UUGCCUAACGCGUUUGAAAAGAUCCCAACUGAAAAACCCGUCACUUUCCAUCAUUUCCCUCGUCAAUUUCUGCGACCUCCACGCUUCUCACUCGCUCUCCGCCGUCCUCCUAUAUAUAAACACGUAAAUGACUCGUCCACGAGACACAUUCAAACUUCCCCUUUUUUCCAAGGCUACUACUUGUCUAAAGAGACCUAGUAAACCCAUUGUAAGUUGCAGAUUUUCGAUCAUAUUCAUACCCACUACUCUUUCAUCAUUUCUUUCAAAUUCCCACCUCCCAAUUUCGAUUUUUAUUGAAAAAUUACACGUCUUUGAACCUUUUAUGGGUACUUCGGUUUGAUUUGUACAAGAGCUUUCUCUGAUUCGGGUGAUUUGCAGUUGCACACCAACUGUUUGUUUAAAUGUCUACACACCGAUUCCUUUAGUGAAAAGGGAAGUAGCUCAUAUUAUCGACUAUUUGUUGUUGUGUAGAAGGAUUAUAUUGAAUUUUAGAUGGGAAAUGUAUGUGUAUCUUGUUACUCAAAGGAUGGAUUUUUCCAAUCAAUAUCACAUCCAUACUGGUGGUCUCGAUCACCAGAGAUGAUCUACUACAAAAACGAACAGCUUAGCAAAGAUCCUCCAUCAAUACACCAAGAUCCAAAACCUCCUACCCCUACUCAAAACACACCUCCAAAACUAGUGAUCAUAGCCAAAAACGACACCAAACCACCUCCACCUCCACCCAUAGUUUCAUAUCAAGAAAUCAAAAUAGACAUAAAACAAUCCCAAAAGGAAAAAGCUUCAUCAAAUUCAAACGCCAAAAAGCAAAACAAUGUGAAGAGAAUGUUGAGUGCAGGUUUACAAGCUGACAAGGUAUUGAAAACAAAAACUGGGCAUCUGAAAGAGUACUACAACUUAGGUCAAAAGCUAGGACAUGGUCAAUUUGGUACGACUUUUCUCUGCAUAGAGAAAACCACAGGAAAAGAAUUCGCAUGCAAAUCAAUCGCGAAAAGAAAGUUGUUAACCGAUGAUGAUGUGGAAGAUGUCAGGAGGGAAAUUGAAAUCAUGCAUCAUUUAUCUGGAAACCCUAAUGUGGUUUCAAUUCAAGGGGCUUAUGAAGAUUCAGUUGCAGUUCAUUUGGUUAUGGAACUUUGUGCUGGAGGCGAAUUGUUUGAUAGAAUUACCAAAAAAGGACAUUAUUCAGAAAGAAAAGCAGCUGAUCUUGCUAGAACUAUUGUAUCUGUGAUUGAAGCUUGUCAUUCUUUAGGUGUUAUGCAUCGUGAUCUUAAACCUGAAAACUUUCUUUUUGUUGAUGAACAUGAAGAUUCUCCUCUUAAAACCAUAGAUUUUGGAUUAUCGGUUUUCUUUAAACCAGGUGAAACUUUUGUAGAUGUGGUUGGAAGCCCUUACUAUGUUGCCCCUGAAAUUUUGCUUAAAAAUUAUGGUCCUGAAGCAGAUAUAUGGAGUGCUGGUGUGAUUCUUUACAUUCUUCUUUGUGGGGUCCCACCUUUUUGGGGAGGUAAGUCUAAAAGACUAAAAGACUAUAAUAAGUUAAUAACUCAUCGAAUACUGAAUUCAUGUUCGUUUUUUUUUUUUUUCAUGACAGAAUCUGAAAAUGAGAUAUUUGAAGAGGUUUUGAGGGGUAAACUCGACUUUUCCUCAGAUCCAUGGCCUAGUAUCUCUGAAAGUGCUAAAGAUUUGGUUAGAAAAAUGCUCAUUAAAGACCCCAAAAGACGAAUAACAGCUCAUGGUGUUCUUUGCCAUCCAUGGAUCAGUGAAGAUGGUGUUGCACCAGAUAAGCCUCUUGAUUCUGCUGUUUUGAGUCGUUUAACUCAGUUUUCUGCCAUGAAUAAGCUCAAGAAAAUGGCUCUUAGGGUUAUUGCUUCAAAACUCUCGGAAGAAGAAAUUGCAGGAUUAAAACAAAUGUUUAAGAUAAUAGAUACAGACAACAGUGGUUAUAUUACUUUUGAAGAACUUAAAGCUGGACUCAAACGUUUUGGUUCUAAUCUUACAGAGUCUGAGAUUUAUGAUCUAAUGCAAUCUGCGGAUAUUGACAAUAGUGGUACUAUUGACUAUGAAGAAUUUGUAGCUGCAACAUUGCAUAUGAACAAAGUCGAUAGAGAAGAUCAUUUAUUUUCUGCUUUUUCAUAUUUUGAUAAAGAUGGAAGUGGUUAUAUCACCCUUGAUGAACUACAACAAGCAUGUAAAGAAUUUGGAGUAGAUGAUGUUCAUUUAGAAGAAAUCAUCAAAGAAGCUGACCAAAAUAAUGAUGGGCGUAUAGAUUACAAUGAGUUUGUUGCAAUGAUGCAUAAUGGAAGUGAUAUUAUGAGGGUGAAGCCAAUGAAGGAUGAUUUUAAUAUGAUGUUAAGGGAGCCGGUUGCGGUUUGUUAAUAUGAAUAUUUAUAUUUAUUUGAUUUUGUAAUUAAAUGUAAAAAAUGGCAUCUGACUUUUGAAUGCUUCAAUAGUCUAUGAGGUGUUGCAUUUUGACUUAUAGAAUGUACUAUUGUUCUUGUAUACACGUGAAAUGAAAAGAUAAAACAAAGAGAAAGAGUUGACUGA